UAAUCUGUGGUGGAAGCUGCUGUUGGAACGAAGUACGAACUUGUCGAAACUUGUCAGUCACCUUGUGUUGUUGUUGUAUUGGGUUUGUUUCCUAAUUUGACGGAAUGAAUUUUAUUAUAGAUAACGAUAAAUAUUUUACCUACCGCUCAUGCUUUCACAAUAAAACAAAGAGUAAAAAAGCUUGUCGUUGCAUUUUUUGUAAAGUCGUAGCAAGUGAAUAAGUGAUAAAGUGAUUGCUGGUCAGUGGUCACUGAUCAGUUGCAAGUUGUACAAGUUCUACACGAUUUUAUAAAACUAUCUUUUGUGUAAUGUGACUAUCAGUGAGUUUUUAAACGUUGUCAGUGAGCAGCUACAGUGUUUUAUUGGAUUCAGGAGCAAGAAAAACUUAAGAUGUUGAGUGUGCUGGUUUGUCUGGCGUGCGUGCUGGUGUCGUCGACGCAGCCGCAGCCGCUGUGCAGCGACGUCGUGCACUGCCCGGAGGGCUCGUACUGCGAUACGGAAGCGCACCUGUGCACCAAGUGCCUGGUCUGCGAGGAGCACCGCCGCAAGCCGCCCGAGGCAGCCACCGCCUGCAUCAGAUCCAUCACCGAGUGCGGACCCUGUGUCGAGGAGGGCGACGUUAGUCCCGAGUGCAUGGGCACCGCUGCCGGGGGCGCGACGCCCGCUUAUGUGUGGGGCGCCGUGUUCGUGGCGCUGCUGCUGCUCGCACUCAUCGUGUUCAUCGUCGUGUACGCCGUGCGCAAUCUCGGCGAUUUUAAGAUUAGAGCGUGUGAAUAUCUGAAUGUGUGUCCAGUCGCGAGCGCGUCGGUGCAGCAGCCCCAGCAGUUCGCGGCGUCGGCGCCGCAGGAGCUCCCACCGCCGUACGCCCCGCGGCCCUGGGAUGACUACGCCCCUGACUCCCAGCCUAGCUCCGGGACAUACGUGCCGCAAGAUGAUUCUAUCCACCCGUUCAUAAGCCGCGAUACGAAAGGUCGCGCGACCGGAGCUCGCGAGUCGGACGACAACCAGGCGGCGCGGCCCUACGGUUACCCCAGCUACGUUCGCCCGCCCAGCUAUGAGCACGAGGAGUCACCGGCGCGCGACCUGACUGAGACUCCCACCUUCAGCUAUUCCGAGGACCUGAGGGACUCCACAGACAUCAGGGACUCCAGAGAUACCAGGGACUCCAACGGGAACGCCAUCCCCGUGACAUCAGUGGGCGUCGCUGGCGGCAGCGCGGCUGGCGACGCCUUAGCGCUACCCGCAGACCGCCGCCGACAUCAGUUUCAGGACCGCAACAACAACGGCGGCGGUAGCUGCGCGUCCCCCGCGCACGCCCCGCCGCCGCCCGCGCUCGUCAUCAACGUCAUGCAGACUAUCAACGCGCUGCAGCAGCAGAACAACGUCAACACACGCCCCGUCAGCCCGUAACUGUGCGUAAACGCACGCACCGUACGCACGUCACUGUGCAUAUGCGCACGCACCGCACGUACGAUAUUUCAUGACGUUCCUAGUGAUUGCGCCUUAAUAUUGGCAACUUAUUUCUAUCUCAAUUAUUUAUAGUUUUUUUAUAUUGCCGUGUUAAUCUAUAGAUUUUAUCGUUUAAGCCAUUUUUGAAGAUUUUUUUAGCCUAUUUUAUAUUUUGAGUUUGUUGCAAUAGGAAUGUAGUUGUUACUGCGACUACAUUUAAUUUUUAUAUACACACCCUGAAGUUAUACAUACUUUUGUCGAAUUGAUGAACAUUCAUAUAAAAUUUCACUCACACACAUCUUUAUAGAAUGAUUGUGUCAUAUAAUGUUUUUUAGCUUGCUAUUUUUUAUUUCCGCUGGCUGCACAUAUGCUGUAUAAUUUGGAGUAGUCAUAAGUAAAAUUAAUUAAUUUAAAAUAAAAUAAAAAAAGGUUGUUAAUAUUUUGAAUUACGGAAUAGGUGUUAUGCAAAAAAGAGAAACAAGAGUUUUCAGGUUAAAUAUCAAAAAUUGCUCGUGUCCUAUUUAUACUCAGUGUUAUAUAAGUUAUAACCCUUAUACCGUAUGUUUGUAUAUGAUAGUUGUUGCUUUUAAGAUGUUCUAUUUGUUACUCUAAAGAGCCUAUCUAUUCUUUCCACCAAGAGUUAAUGCGAGUUUUUGUGACUGCUUGCCAUUUGAAGAAAUUAUCUACAAUUUACAUAUUAUCAUAGAUACAGCGCCUUUAGUGGCAUACGUGCUUUCUUCCGGGCUGAGAGUGACAAAAACUCAAUAUACAUAUAGAGUGAAUUUUCGGGAAUGUUUUUUUGAGUAACGGAUCAGAACAACAUAAUAUUUUAAGUUGUAUAAAUGUAGUAGCCGCUGUGUUAUGUCAAGGGUGACGUCGUGCCAUGGAUCUCGGAUCUACGGUGUACACUGCCGACCGCGCUACCUCCGACAUUUUUGUGCAUUACACAAAACCUUGAGAAAUAUGUUACAUGUAAAAAAAAACGAAAACAAUGAAAAAUCUUACUCAAAAAUAUAUUACACGCAACAUACAGGUAACAAAACUAAGUGAUAAUAUUUUAGGGUGGGUAUGGGUUCCAUUUAUAGUUAGCUGUGAAAGUAGCAGCGCUGAAAGAGUAACUUU